AUGAAUGAUCAGCUUGCCGCACGCAGUUCCUAUACUCAAGAUCAACCAACAAACCCGACGGGUGAAAUUGAGGGAGCAAUUCGGCUUAGUCAUGUGGUUGAAGAUAACCAUGAGCUCAAUACAGCGAUGAAUUGUUGUUGGCUUGCGGUUCAGGAGAUUCCUCGUGAUCAUCCCGACUAUACAGCGCGCCUAGACAGCCUCUGGAAACUGCUGAAUGGUCGAUACGAACAAACCAACAAUGUCGAUGACCUCAACGCAGCGAUUGAUUGUUGUCGGCUUGCGCUUCAGAGCACUGUUCAUGAUCAUCCCGACUAUACAGCGCGCCUAGACAGCCUCUGGAAACUGCUGAAUGGUCGAUACGAACAAACCAACAAUGUCGAUGACCUCAACGCAGCGAUUGAUUGUUGUCGGCUUGCGGCUCAUAAGACCGCCCAUGAUCAUCCCGAUUGUACAGUGCGCCUAGACAGCCUAGUGGAAAUGCUGAGCGAUCGAUACGAACAAACUGGAAAUGUCGAUGAUAUCAACGCAGCGAUCAAUUUUUGUUGGCUUGCGGCUCAGAAGACUGCCCAUGAUCAUCCCGACUAUGCAGUGCGCCUAGACAGCUUAGUGGAAAUGCUGAGCGAUCGAUAUGAACAAACUGGAAAUGUCGAUUAUAUCAACGCAGUGAUCAUUUUUUGUUGGCUUGCGGCUCAGAAGACUGCCCAUGAUCAUCCCGACUAUGCAGUGCGCCUAGACAGCCUAGUGGAAAUGCUGAGCGAUCGGUACGAACAAACUGGAAAUGUCGAUGAUCUCAACGCAGCGAUUGAUUGUUAUCGGCUUAUGGUCCAGAGGACUGCUCAUGAUCAUCCCGACUAUACACCGCGCCUAGAUAGCCUCUGGAAACUGCUGAAUGAUCGAUACGAACAAACCAACAAUAUCGAUGAUCUCAACGCGGCGAUUGAUCGUUAUCAGUUUGCGGUUCAGAAGACUCCUCGUGGUCAUUCCGAAUAUUUAGCCCGCCUAGAUAUUAUGGCGGGCCUGUUCCACUCGCGAUUCGUAUCUACAGCAUCUUUGCCUGACCUUCAUCGUGCAAUUGCACUCAUUUGUACCGCAAUCAUGGCCACAAAUGACGACGCUAGUACUGUAGAGCGCUGCUUCGAACUCGGGAGAGAGCUUGAAAUACUAUUUGACGCUCAACAAAACAUCACCUAUCUUGACAUGGGGAUUGAGUUCUGUUUCCGAGCGCUCGAGGCCACCACUGAAAACUCUUGUUUUCUAGAUCGCUUGGUCGACCUCGCUCACAAGUUUGGAAUACGAUACGACAAAUUGGCAGAGAUAAAAGAUCUCCAAAUGAAGGUGCUACUACAUCAAGAGGUUCUUAACGCUGUUGGUGAUCAAGAUCAACAUCAAUUACGGGCAGAGUGCCUACUCAACCUCGGCAAUACCCUGGAAUCCCGAUAUAUCGGAGAGCGUCCUGACCUCCAGGGAGCGAUCACCCUAGUUUGCGAUGCAAUCAACGUGGGGGCCAACGAUCCUAACCAUCCUUUGCUUCGAUGA